AUGUCGUCUAGUCGAUCAAAAUCGUCGAUUCUCGACAAACCGCUAAGCAAAGGCAAGGGGGAGGUUUCAUUAGCAUUCUAUGCACUUUUAUUCUCGGAAAUAGUUCAAUACUGCCAGAAUCGUUCACAUUCUAUACAUGAACUGCAAACCAAAUUAUCAGACAUUGGUCAUGAUGUAGGAACCAGACUCCUGGAUCUAUAUUUUGUAAGAGAAAGGAACAGUAAGCGAGAGAUCAAACUACUGAAUAUGCUGCUGUUUGUAAAAUCAACUUUAUGGAAGGUUCUGUUUGGUAAGGAAGCAGACAAGUUGGAGCAUGCCAAUGAUGAUGAGAGAACUUAUUACAUUAUUGAAAAGGAUGCUCUUAUCAACAAGUUCAUAAGUGUACCGAAGGACAAGGGCUCUCUCAACUGCGCCACAUUCAACGCUGGCAUCAUAGAAGCGGUACUCACUAAGAGUGGAUUUCCUGCCAAAGUAACAGCCCACUGGCACAAAGGCACUACCUACAUGGUGAAGUUUGAAGACUCAGUCAUAGCAAGAGACAAAUCCCUAGAUGAUCGCUAA